UUGCAAGAUGUUAGUGUCGUCAAUCGUUUUAUUUUCGGUGGUUGGUGUAGCCAUCUCUGCACCGGCGCCAUCAGUGCCGUUCCAGGGACUCAGGCUUGCAGGUGGCAAGGUGGAGUCUUCGGCUUCGUCAUCUAGUUCAUCCUCCGCAUCUUCAUCGACGUCGUCAUCCUCUUCUUCGUCGUCAAGUUUCUCUUCUGGGGAUUCUUCGUCGGCCAUAUUGAAACCGACGUUUGCCCAAGGCCAAGGAUCCGAAAACGUAUUUUCCGUCGGACAGGCGGGCGCAAAUUCCCAAUCCAAUACAGCAAACUCUUAUGGCAACGAGAACUUCAACGUCGACUCGCAAGGCCAAUAUUUUGGAAAUGUUGGAUCUUCCGCCGGACAGAUCGGUUCGACUAAUGCAAAUACCAAUUUUAAUACCGGAUUCUCAGACGCAAAUACGAACCUGAACUUGAACUCGCAAUCCAUCGGGCAAAGUGGCAGCCAGCAUCAAGAACAACAGAACCUUAAUGCUCAGCAAUUUGCGAACGCUGGUAUUCAGCGGGGAGAUUCCGCCGUGCAAGGUUCCGGAGCUGUUGCGAAUGCUGGACAGAGCCAAAAUCAGGGCUCGAACGAAAAUAACGGAGCUGAUAACUUGGGCGGAAAGAUAAGUUACUACGCCCAAAGUGGACCCGUGGUACACAUUGUGAGGGCUGACAAUGACCUCGGCGUCACAGGAUCAGGCAACAAUCAAGGAUCUGGAUCCGUCAAUGCCGCUGGAGCCGUUGCCAAUGCGGGUCAAGUUGGCGGGCAAUUUCUUCAGGGGGGUCAGAACAUCGGAUCUUAUGCGAACGCUGCAAAUCAACAGUUGGAACAUGCAGAAGCCGAUAAGGCAGAUUUUGCAGGCACGCAGACCGGCUACAGUAAUCUUGGCACCACCCUGACGGGAGAAGAGAUCCUAUUCGAUGGAGCUUUUCGCGAUGAGGUUAAAAUUGGUCAAGCCGGAGGACACCAGAGUUCUGCAUUUGUUUCUGAAACUAGCUCAAGCGGAAGCUUCGGCGGUUCCGAAUCUCAAAGCAGUAGCUCGUCAACCUUUAAUGAUAAUUUUUACAACCAUGGAUUUCCACUCUAAUGCUUAACUAUACUAACCGAUUGUAGAACCUAUCGCUAUAAG